ACCUUCUGACGCAUCCACUGAUAUCUACGUACUAAUUAUAGUACGUGUGAAACAUUGCGUCGCGUCUCGCAAGCCAAGCAUUGAAGCAGAGAUAAGCCGGAGGUUAGCCCGAACAAUCCGUGCUAGCAAUUGAAUACGUACCGUUUCUUGGAGAUAGCCGGAGCAGUUACUGAAAUGGCUUUAGAUGGGAAGUUGGACCACUGGUUAACUGUACUUGGAGACUGGAGAGCGUUACUGACUCUCUUCGCUGCAUCAAUCAUACUUUAUUUUAUGACGAGAAAACCGUACCGUAUGCCGCCAGGGCCACUUCGUCUUCCCGUCAUAGGAAACCUGCUCCAAACAUAUUAUUAUGCCCCAUUGUAUAAGUACUGCCAUGACUUGGCAUUCACUUAUGGACCUGUGAUUCGACUAGACAUGGGCAUCAUUCCCACUGUGAUCAUUAAUCGUAUGGAUGAAGCUAUUGAAGCACUAGUGACGAAACAGAAUGACUUUGCUGGACGACCAAAAAGCUGGACAGGUGAAAUCUUUACGGAGGGGUAUAAAGAUAUUGCGAUGGCGCCAUUUUCCCCAGUUUGGCAACUUCAGCGCAAGCUUGCUCACAGUGCAUUCAGACACUUUGCUGCCUCUAAGGACGUGUUAGUACAAAAAAUCCACGAAAGCUUCAGUGAUGUUUCCCAGGUUCUUGAAAAAAUUAAUGAACCGUUUGACCCAAGAAGCUACGUGUACAACUGCAUGUAUAACGUUAUCUAUGCAAUGACGUAUGGGAAAAGGUUCUCUAUUGAUGAUCCGGAGUUUCUGAGGUUGAUAUCCGUUAUCAAUGAAGCAAAUGAACUUUUUGGCGGUGGUUUUGCACCAGACUUCAUCAAUGCUCUUAGAUACCUCCCGCGGACUGCUGCGCAAAAACGCAUUUUGGAAUUGUGUGAUAUCACGUUAAAGUUGGGCCACGAAGAGUAUCAGCGUCACAAAGAUACAUUCACGAGGAAUGACAUUCGAGAUCUGUGUGAUGACCUGAUUCUUGCACAUCAAGAUAUGCCGGAAGAAGAACGUGAUAUGCUUACUGAAACCCAUAUUGUGCAGACAUUAUUGGACAUAUUUGGGGCUGGGACAGAUACAACAGCAAUGACAUUAUUGUGGUGCAUUAAGUUCAUGGUGGCAUACCCAGAGAUUCAGAAAAAAGGACAGGACGAGAUUGACAAUUUUGUUGGUCAAGAUCGUCUAGUUAACUUCCACGAUAAGCAAAAUCUGCCAUACUGUGACGCCAUCCUGCAUGAGGUCAUGCGACUACGACUGCCUGCCGUCUUUGGUGUACCCCACAAAACUACUGUGGACACGACUGUUGGUGGUUAUGACGUCCCAAAAGACACGAUGGUGAUGUUCAACCUCUACGGACUCCAUCACGAUCCAGCAUACUGGACUGAUCCUGAGAAGUUUGAUCCAACACGGUUUCUUGACGAGCAUGGUUCCAUCAGGCCCAAGAUGCCUAGCUUCCUCCCGUUCUCUGCCGGGAGACGUGUUUGCCUCGGAGAGUCUAUUGCGAAGAUAGAUCUUUUCGUAUUUUUCACGUGCUUGCUACAGCGAUAUAGCUGGAGUGAGCCAGGGGAAUCUGUUGACUUCGAACCAAAGCCAUCUCCACUUGCAAUGGAUCCGAAGCCGUUUAGGAUUGUUAUAAAGAUUAGGCUAUAAAUUUAUCUGCAUCAUGAUCUAUCCGUGGAAAUUGCAUAUAUCUAAUUAAAGGAACAUGGUGUUGGAGUA